AUGCCUGGCGGCUGUGUGGAGGCCUUUGAAAACCGAGUGGCCGAGUACAGGGGCCCGAAGACCCCGGGCAGCCAGCCGCCGGGCGUGGGCACCGGAACGCUGAGCAGAGCUCCGAACUGCUUCUCCUCUGCGCCGGGCACAGACGAGGACCACUUCCUCACGCCCUGGCUCUAUGCCUCCGGUGGUAUGGCAGGUGCAGUAGCAGACCUGCAGAAGGCCGUGAAGGAGUACCCCCCAGGGCAGCAGGACAUCGACGGAGGAGGCUUUGAGAUCAAGAGGGUGGACCCAGACAAGGGGUACAUCUACGUCCAGUUUGAGUCCUUAAAAAGGGGCUACAUUGACGAUCUGGAGUUUCUUGUGAAGCCCACGGACAAAGAGUCGGGGCAGGUCUUGGUACGGUCCGCCAGCAGGUUGGGGUACCUGGACUUGGGUGUGAAUGCAAAGCGCCUGAACCGCCUUUCACAAGCCCUGCGGGAUCUUCCGAACCGCUGGACAGCUCCAAAGAUUACCAAAGACCUCUUCCCGAGGUAUGCAAGCGAGAACCGCUGA